AUGAGCUGUAUGGCGCAAGAUACGAGACUGACAGAACAGAUGAAGGAUGAGGAUGGUGCGAAGGAGAUAGAGAGGAAAGUCAAACCCACCGUCGGCCACAUGGCGAGCGCCGAAAGUGUCAAUCCGAGCCAUCGUUCUUCUGGCUUGCUUUUGCCGGGCAUACCGCGCGAUGAAAAUCUUGAAGGGCGAGCGGUGGGAAGAGGUGAGGUCAAAAACGUGCUGCGAUUUGCGCAUGUGAUUGGCCGAAAGGAUCAGAGUGAAAAGAGAUCCACCAAAAUCCUGGAGACGUUGGCUAGAACCCUGCAUCGCCACGAUUUACUUACUCCCGCAGAGAUUUCGAGCGGCUUCCUCGGUCGAGAUUGUAUUCAGUAG